CCUAUCUCCUAGGUAUUGGCUAUACCUCUGUCUGCGCCCAUCACAGAAUUCUCUUGUUGACUGCAUCGCGGUCCAUUCACUCAAACUAUCUUGAAACGAUGCGCAAAAAUUAGGAGGACACCAGGGAAAUCCUUUCUAGAUUCUUCCCAUGAUGCUAUAUCUCCGCCCCUUAGGAAGGACCCAAUUAGCUACCAAAAGCUUUAAUGCCGCUGGUCCACGGGGUCUAGUAGCAUUGCGCGGUCUAUCACUAAAGCACGGUAUUCAGUCAGCAUGUCGAAGAUUCGCGACAACUGCAAGCAGGCUGGGCACGCAAGCCAGCUCUGGCCCGCCACUACGAAAAUUCGCGUAUCCGGAGAACCUGUGCAUCUACCACGCGGGUGUGGCCAGGACCACCUUCUUAGCGUGUCUGAAGCUCUCGACACUCUUCACAUUCACGUUCUUCGGACUCGUGGUGACGCCCGCGUACCUGAACAAGGAGGGCCUAUCGCCCACAGCAGCUCGAACAACCAGCGGCGCUCGCGGCCGUGGUGCCGCUCGUCUUCGUAGCGUACGUGACGUCGCCGUUUGUGUCGCACAUUCACCUGUGGUUGCCGCCGUUCGCGCGGGUGUCGGAGGAAGCGCUACGGGCGUACGUCGGGGCGCUACCGCCGCGCGCCGCGCUCGACAUCACGACCAUGAGCGCUGUCGCGAAGCCGCGCCUGAGCCGCGUCGCUGUCGCCGACCUGCGCCCCGCCCGCGCCCGCCUCGGCCUCGUCAACUUCGCCCGCGACACCGCCGCCGCCAACGCCGCCCGCAAGUGGUACAUGUUCCGCGCCGUCGGCCGCUUCGGAAUCCAGCGCAACGCCGCCGCCCGUGCCCCCUGGGUCUGGGACGUGAUCGCCGAGGGUAUCGUGAGGCGGCACGCGUGACGUCAACGUGCUCUCGUCAGGCUUAUCUUGCGGUGUUGUCGCUUGCGUCUGCUGCUUCCAGCUACAACGAUGUCGCGGGUCAAAGCGCUCCGAGAACGGUCCUAUCUAGCCACAGGCCGCUCGUGCGGCACAGCCAGGAUAUCAUAGGUAUACCAAAGCGAAUAUUUUUCAAGGUACCUAGCAGGAUGUCUCGACGGCGUACGAGGCUACCGUACCGUAUUCUAUAAGUGCAGAUAUUGCCCACUUGGCCCCUCAACUCGGGAGCCCCUAGGACAUCCCUAAUAUAAACAGGCGAUGGGUUGGGAAGUGUCAAAGGACAGGCACCUAGUUAUGAUCACAGAUACUACCUGUGGCCUAGUCCUUUCAUCUUUUUCCGGGCACAUCAGUAACAUCUGUAGGUAUACGCUUCUCACAGCUACCUAUAUCGGACUUGCAAUCCCCGAAAUUUGAUGGGAAAUGUUAAAACAUAAUUUCCUUACUUGUGUUCAAACAGGACUACAUAUAGGCCGUCUCUUCUAUCGUCUCUCUAUCUUGGGUUGUGGCGACAGCUGCGGGGAAGCCGAUACAGCGGGCUGUCGGUCACGAUUCAAACAAUGAGGGGUAUCAAAGAUAGGUAGGUAGGUAAGUACAACGGAGUUUCUCCACCCCGCCGUCGAUAGCGGAGAUAGCGAUAAGCUUUUGCGAAUUGGCAGCGAUUAGACGGAAUAACAUGGCAUUGAGCGAUAUCGC